AUGGUGUGUCCCUCGGCCUCCACCUACAGGGCUGUCCUGGGACGAACGAACCUUGGGGGCUUUGGGAUGGACGGGGCCCCAGGCGACGCUGGGAUGUCCAUCAUCGGCCCUCGCGGCCCCCCUGGCCAGCCGGGCACCCGAGGCUUCCCCGGAUUCCCGGGCCCCAUUGGACUGGACGGCAGGCCGGGUUACUCCGGACCCAAAGGAGAGAUGGUAAGACCCGGCUCGCCUGGUCCUCAGGGACAGAAAGGAGAAAAGGGCCAGUGUGGAGAGUACCCGCACCGGGAACCCCCGAGCUGGAGUGGCUCGCUAGCAGCUCUGCGGGCCAGCCAGAUAGUGACCGUGAAGCUGCUGCCUCUCCUCAACUCCGUGCGCCUGGCUCCGCCCCCGGUCAUUAAGAGGCGCACCUUCCAGGGCGAACAGGGCCAGACAGGCAUCCAAGGCCCCCCAGGCCCCCCGGGGCCCCCUGGACCAAGUGGCCUUCUGGGGCCUCCAGGACUGCCCGGCCCCAUGGGACCGCCUGGCUUACCUGGACCUCCUGGACCCAAGGGAGACCCUGGAGUCCAGGGCUACCACGGCCGGAAGGGAGAAAGGGGCAUGCCAGGGAUGCCCGGCAAGCACGGCGCCAAGGGGGCGCCAGGAAUCGCGGUGGCCGGGAUGAAGGGUGAGCCUGGGACCCCAGGAGCCAAGGGCGAGAAGGGGGCUGCGGGCGCUCCCGGGCUCCUUGGACUCCUGGGGCAGAAGGGAGAGAAGGGCGACGCAGGAAACGCCAUUGGAGGAGGCAGAGGGGAGCCGGGACCCCCAGGACUCCCGGGGCCCCCGGGGCCAAAGGGAGAAGCUGGCGCUGAGGGCCAGGCCGGGGCCCCUGGACAGCAAGGAAGCAAGGGGGAUCCCGGAGCAGCUGGAGUGCAGGGACCCGCUGGCCCCCCGGGCGCCAAGGGGGAACCGGGCAAAGGCGAGAUGGUGGGCUACAACGGCAACAUCAGCGAGGCGCUCCAGGAGAUCUGCACGCUGGCCCUGAUGGGCCCACCUGGUCUUCCCGGGCAAAUCGGCCCACCUGGUGCUCCAGGGACCCCAGGCAGUGUGACCUGUGUUGCUCCACCACAGGGGGAGAUCGGGCUGCCGGGGCCUCCAGGCCAUGACGGGGAAAAGGGGCCUCGAGGCAAACCCGGAGACAUGGGCCCGCCCGGUCCCCAAGGCCCCCCGGGAAAGGCCGGGCCUGCAGGCACCAAGGGAGAAGGCGGAGAGACGGGGAGCCCAGGAGAGAAGGGGGCCAAGGGGGAGCCAGGCCAGGCGGGCUCUCCGGGUCUGGAUGGCCCAACUGGGGAGAAAGGAGAACCAGGCAGCCCAGGCAGACCAGGGGCCACAGGGCUGCCCGGCCCCAUCGGGCUGCCAGGAUUCACGGGAGAGAAAGGAGAGCCCGGGGAGAAGGGGGACUCAGGAGCAGAGGUAUGUGGACUCUCUGAGUGA